AUGGCUGAACCUCCAGCCAAACGCGCUAGGAGGACGGAUAGCUCGACAAUGUGGGAGAUGAAUGACACGAAAUCCCACUCAGACGAUUAUGACAACAACGAGCUACAUGGUGGCAUGUCAAAACGAGAAGCGUCAACCAAAGACGAUAGAAAACGAAGCAACAUGUCGAGAAAUGAGCGCAGAUCCCGCUCCAGAGAUAGGGAUGAUCGAAGACGUGACCGGAGUAGAUCGAGAGAUAGGAGGGACAAGAGCAGAUCAAGGGAACGGAGAGAAAGGGACAGGGACAGGGACAGGGAUAGGGAUAGAGCUGGUCGGAAGGACAGAGACAGGAGCGGCAGCAGGGGCAGAUAUACUAGAUGGGGGGAUUAUGGAAAGACGGCUCAAUACCGCGAACGAGGUCGUGAUAGAUCCUGGUCCCGUUCCCUCUCUCCAGCACGCUCGCCCGCAAGGAAUGGUUCUGCCUCCACCCGGUCUAGAAGGUCACGGUCACCUCCACCGCCGCGGGGCUCGAGACCUGACCGUCGAGGCGACCUACCACCCCGAGACCAGGUCUGGGAAUCGGCAAAGAUGGGGGCGAAUGGGAUUUCUUCUGAAUCGAGACGGCAUGGUUCAACAAAAUCUAAAAUCCAACCUGUGCUAGAGAGUAUGGGCGUAGAUAUCGACAGUGCAGAUGCCGAAGACCUGGACCAAUUGAUUCGGAAAACGAUGGGGUUCUCGUCGUUCCGGACUACACAAAACACUAAGGUGCCUGGAAACAAUAUCUAUGGCGUGCGCAAGGAGAAGAAGACACAAUACAGACAAUAUAUGAAUCGCCAAGGAGGAUUCAACAGGCCAUUGAGCCCGACACGUUGA